AUGAACACUCGCAGCGGGAAGUCUGACAUCCUCAUGCAGAGUCCCUGGAACAGCGGAGAGAGCCAUUAUGAUACAGUUCUCCAAUACAUACAGAGCGAUCCGACUAUAGUCUACGUGCCUCUAACCGCGAUACUUGCCUAUUUUGCUCUGGCUUAUUUUGGUCUCGUUCCGUUCGGGUUGCCUCAGGGGGUGUGGAAUCUCAUCGUUUACUUAACGCCAUCGCGCAUAGUUGUCGCUCUAGACUCGAAGUCGAAUACCGCGAACGAGAAUACAAUUCCCCUUCCGAUGACCUUUCAAGCGAAAAGCGAGGCGAUGCAGCGCAUUCUCAGAAUCGAUAGCACGUCCUUCUCCUCUUUCCUUUCGCGCGGGACGAGCCUUUCAGGUUUCGGAAACGCUAUUCUUGGCAGUAAAGACAGUCUUCCGCCGGGGUUGGGGAAUUGGGAUAACUCGUGCUUUCAGAAUAGUAUAAUUCAGGGUUUCGCGUCACUGCGGUCUUUGGUGAAGUUCUUGGGCCGGAAUAUCGAAGUGCUUGGGGAGAAGGGGUCGUUUUCAACGCAUCAGGCUCUGCAGGAGAUUGUGGGACGGUUGAACGAUGCGGCGGAAUACGGGCAGAAGCUGUGGAUACCACCAAAUCUGAAAUCAAUGAGCAGUUGGCAACAACAGGAUGCACAGGAGUACUUUUCCAAGGUUGUGGAUCAGAUUGACCGCGAGGUGCAGCAGGCUUCGAAACGACAGACGAGGAAUCUGGGGCUUAAAAUGGCUGGACCGGAGGAGAAUGUGGUUGGGUCUGGCUCUUCACAAAAUGGAAAGGAUAGUGAUUUUCUUUCUUCGCAGAGUGAUACGCCGUCGUUUCGCAAUCCUCUAGAAGGGCUUCUUGCGCAAAGAGUCGGUUGUAUGAAAUGUGGCUGGACUGAAGGUCUGUCCCUCAUUCCGUUCAACUGUCUUACCGUGCCUCUGGGGUCGAAAUUUGAAUAUGAUAUUCGUGAAUGCCUCGAUCAUUACAUGGAUCUGGAACCUAUUGAAGGAGUGGAGUGCGCAAAGUGUACGUUAUUGCGGGCGCGCGAGCAACUUCACAACCUCGUAAAGCAAGUCGAAGAGGACGAACAGAUAUCCAACUCAUUGGACUCGCCGAAACUGUCAGAUGCGCUCAAAAACUCUGCGCAGGAACGCUUGCAAGCGGUUGAAGAAGCUCUUGAAGAGAACGAUUUCGCCGAGAAGACCCUGUCGAACAAGUGUCACAUUCCGUCCAAGAACCGAGCGUCAUCGACAAAAUCAAGACAAGCCGUCAUUGCGAGAUCUCCUAAAUGCCUCGUCAUUCACAUCAACCGGAGUUUGUUCGAUGAGAAUACCGGAAUGCUCAGGAAGAACUACGCUGCCGUGCGAUUUCCCCAGUCACUCGAUUUGAACCACUGGUGCUUAGGAGCUAAAUCCGUGUCUCAAAUUAGUGAGUUCAUUGAAAAAUGGGGCACAGACCCCAAGGAGUCCAUGCUUCCGCGUGCUGGUACGACAGUGGACGUUCGCGGUCGCCAAUAUGAACUCCGCGCCAUCAUUACCCACUACGGCCGGCACGAGAAUGGACACUACAUUGCCUACAGAAAAUACCCAACCGAUAUUUUCCCGGCACAUGUCCCAGAAGCGGUUCUAGAGGCGGACGGCGAGAAGGAAAAGCCGGAGCGCUGGUACCGGUUGAGUGACGAAGAUGUGUCGAUGGUCAGUGAGGCUAGUGUGUUAUCUCAAGGCGGAGCUUUCAUGCUGUUUUACGAAGCUCUGGAGCCAUCUACGGAGCCGUCCACCCCACAAGCAGAACUUGUCGAUUCGACUGAGUCUACGUCCAGCUUGGCGACGCCAGAGGACAUGUCCACGACGUCCGGAAUCACUGAAGGUACUGAAGCCACUGAAUGCUCUGCUUCUAUCACUUCGUGGGCCACUAGCGUAUCCGUUCCGGAAAAGGUUGGAUUUAUUGAUAGGCCACCUCUUGAGGCACCGCUGGUCUAA